UCCCCUGACGCAGGGAUGGAGAGCACAGGAGCACACAUGGUAGCUCGGCUCGAUCCUAUAAACGGCAGCGGAAAGGUCCCUGCGAGGCCGGGCCUGAGGAGUGACCGACACCGGGGACACCUCCACCUGCAGCGGACGGUGGUUUUUCUCGUCGCGCUCACCAUACAAUCGCAGGCUGUGUGUGCAGUCGGUAUGUUCGAGCUUCAGAUCAUUUACUUCGAGAACCCCCUCGGACUUCUGCAGAGUGGAGACUGCUGCGACCUCCAGGCCAGCAGCGGGCAUCGCUGCUCUGCCAGGGACCAAUGUGACACUUUCUUCAAGGCCUGCCUCAAGGAGUACCAGGCCCGGGUCAUCCCAACCGGAGCUUGCACCUUCGGGUUGGGCAGCACAGGGAUCCUGGGUGGAAACUCCCAGACGCUCCACCACCGAGGACACGAUGGAGGAGGAAGAGGAGGAGAAGAGGACGGGACUAAUGGACACAUUGUCAUUCCCUUCAAAUACGCGUGGCCAAAGUCCUUCUCUUUGGUGUUGGAGGCUCUGGACUAUGACAAUGACACAUCAGAAUCAGGUCAGUUGAUUGAGCGGAUCCUCCUCUCCUCCAUGUUGAACCCUGGUGAACAGUGGCAGACGUACCGUCACCACGGACAGCCUCUCAGUCUGGAUUACUGGCUUCGCUUCCGCUGUGAUUCAAAUUACUACGGCCCUUUCUGCAACAAGUUCUGCAGGGCCCGUGAUGACUUCUUCGGUCACUUCAACUGUGACCCCAGCGGCUCCAAGGUCUGCAUGGAGGGCUGGACGGGGCCAGAGUGCAAAGAAGCGGUGUGCAGGCAGGGGUGUCAUCAGGCCCACGGCUCCUGCACGGCACCUGGAGAAUGCAAGUGUCAUUAUGGCUGGAAGGGCCCUCUGUGUGACCAGUGUGUAACGUUCCCCGGCUGCGUGUAUGGAAGCUGCGGCGAGCCCUGGCAGUGUGUGUGCGACGUCAACUGGGGAGGACUGCUGUGUGACAAAGAUCUAAACUACUGUGGCACCCACCAGCCCUGUAAGAACGGCGGGACCUGCACCAACACAGAGCCAAAUGAGUACCACUGUGAGUGCCGGGAAGGUUUCAGAGGACGUAACUGUGAUAUCGUGGAGCAUGCGUGUUUGUCGUCACCGUGUAUGAACGGAGCCACCUGUGUGGAAGACCCAACGGGCUUCAGCUGUACUUGUACCGACGGCUGGACCGGACCCACCUGCGUUGAUGCGGUGAGGCAGUGUGAUCGGAGCCCCUGUGGCCGUGGAGCAACAUGUCAGGAGGCUCCUGGAGGUUACCGGUGCCUCUGCCCGCCUGGAUGGACCGGCAGGACGUGCCAGCUGGACACCAACGAGUGUGAAAUGAGUAUAUGCGUCCACGCCCGCUCUUGUCGCAACCUGAUCGGUGGAUACCUGUGUGACUGCCUUCCUGGAUGGACGGGGCCUAACUGUGACAUCAGGAACAGCAGCUGUCAGGGUUUGUGUUUGAACGGCGGACGUUGUGAGGACCAGAUGUCAGGGUCCAGAUGCUUGUGUCCACCUGGUUUCUCUGGGAAAUAUUGCCAGAUUGGUCUGACUCCCUGUGACAGUACCCCCUGUCUGCAUGGAGGACAGUGUGUGGAGCAGGAUGGAAGGACCGUCAUGUGCAACUGUACCACGGGAUAUUCAGGAGUCUUCUGUGAGAAAGUGUUGGAUAUGUGCAAUCCCAACCCUUGCCCCAAGGGGGUGCCCUGUCACAUCACAGAGGGCAGAUACUUGUGUGCGUGCCCCGAGGGUUACUAUGGUAACGAGUGCAUGAACCUAAAGAAUCCUUGCAUUGGUCAACACUGUCCAGGUGACACAACACAAGGGGGUGUCAGCUUCUACAUCAUCCUGGUAGGCGUCUUAGCUUUGGUGAUGGUUUGUGGCUGUGCGACCUGCGCUUUCUUCCUCUCACACCUCCAUCGAAAGCGGAAAAAGCAGCAGGCCGUCCCACAAGAAGAAGGCAUCAACAACCAGAGGGAGUUUGUCAACCUCAUCAGAAACGUGGACCGUCCUGGGCCCCUCCUGCCUUCUGCCGAUCCACUUGCACACCCUCAGGCCCCUCCUUCCUCAGUCUCACGUGGCUACGAGGAGAUUGAACUGACACUGCCGCCCUCCCCAGCCCCUUCACACCCGUCUCCGGCACUAAAGCAUCCCCACGGCCCCAAACUGGACAUUUCAAACCGGGAGAGGGAGAAGUUGAACCGCUUCCACUACACAGACAACCAGGAACUGGAGGCCUGACCCUUGAACUCUUGGGUCUCGGAGGAGCUUUUUUAUGUUCUAUUUCAUUUUGUGUUCUUUGCACUCUCUCGCCAACGGGGACCUGUUUCCAGUUUCUUGCACUGUGUCACUGUUGCAGUUAUGAAAAUGGGGUGACCUUAUGACCUGAGGAGUGAAGGCUGCUAAGUAGAAGGGUCAAAAGUCUAAAUGUGUUGUCGUCUUUGACUUUAUUAACUAGGAGAGGCAGCUGAUGCAUGAUGUUUGAUUGAGAGACUCAUCAGACUCUUGAUUUAUUCUUGAGGCUUAAAGACUUGGAGUGCCUGAGAUACUGUCAAGAGGAAAUAGAGGACCAUCCUUUGUAGAAGCCUCACAACCUAUUUCCUAGUCCAUGAUGCCAUUUGAUUGGUGUUCAGACCUCCAUUUCUGUUUGAGAGACUAAACUCUGACAGACAGAGAGAUCCAUGAAUGGACGCUUAUUUAACACUCAGUGUAUGUGUGUGUGUGUGUGUGUGUGUCUGUCUGUCUGUGUCUGGUCGUGUGUUAAAUGUUUGUGAGUGUGAAAGAGAGAAUGUAUAUUAUGAGUAUAUGUGAGGGAGAAGGACAGUUUACUUUAAGAAGAGAAAACCAAGUUGAUAUAGAUCAACUUGUGUGUGUGUGUGUGUGUGUGUGUGUGUGUGUGUGUGCGUCAACGUGUCAAUGUGGGUGCAUACUCCUGCUCCAAAGGCUUUUAAGCCUUUGUUUUAAAACUAUACACUGUUGCCUGUAUUGUCUUUGUAAUACUACAGUUUGUUGAAGAUGUAUGAUUGUUUCAUACCUGUGUGUAAAGUAGCUUUUGUACAUGAAUAUAUUGUACAUAUUGAUGCCCUUUUUGUACUGUGGUUUGGUCUGAAAGUCUCACUGUAUUGCUUUGCUCUGUUUGUCCCAUUUCACUUUCCAUUUGGAGCAACCAGCACAU